UGAUAAUCUUUUUAGCACGCUUGUUUUGUGAUAUAUAUAUACUCAAUAACAAUAUUUCCCUGUUACCCUCAAUAUAUUUAAUAGAAAACCAUGGAUGUACGCGAAGUUGUUCUUGUAUUCGUAUGUGUGUUUUGUUUUGGAAUUGUUACAGCAAAUGCUCCUAAGAUAAUCGAUCGAAGUGGAUGGGGCGCGAAAAGUAGUUCUAAACCUCAGCAAUCGUUAGCCCAGAAUCCUGUCCCAUAUGUUAUUAUACAUCACAGCGUUACUGAGCCCUGCAAUGAUGAAGCUAGCUGCAAGAGAAUGGUAAAAGUGUUCCAAAAUGACCACAUGACUCGUAAUCACUGGGAUGACAUAGGUUACAACUUUCUGAUUGGAGGAGACGGAAGUGUCUACGAAGGCCGAGGUUGGGGUAAGAGUGGAGCUCACACACGCAACUACAAUAAUAAAAGUAUCGGAAUAUGCGUGAUCGGCAAUUAUCAAUCAACCUUGCCGAAAAAGGAAGCGUUGGACGCUCUUAAAGAUCUUAUAGCAUGGGGUGUAUCGCAAGGACAGAUUAAUGGCAAUUACAAGUUACUGGGCCACAAGCAAGUUGCAGCAUCGCAGUCUCCUGGGGCCGCUCUUUAUAACGAAAUUAAAACUUGGGAGCACUGGUCGGCUAGCCCGUAGGUCAAAGGCCACAUGUGAUGUAUCUAAUAAAGACUUUCAAAAAUUA